GAGGAAGAAAUGGAAGAGACUGUUUUAUUAACAAGUACUGACCAACCUUCCAACCAAUCUUCCAACCAACCUUCUAACCAAUCUUCUGACCAAUCCUCUAACCAACAACCUUCCGAUCAAUCCUCCAACCAACAACCUUCCGAUCAAUCCUCCAACCAACAACCUUCCGAUCAAUCCUUCAACCAACAACCUUCCGGCCAAUCUUCCAACCAACCUUCUGGCCAACCUUCUGACCAACUUUCUGACGAUGAUUAUCUUGAAAUGGACGAUUGA